CUUGAAUCUAGCAAGUGAUUGACAGGUGGCUUCCUCCCCGGAGUCAAUGAUUGACGUAGCCGGAGCUUGCGAGAUCAGGGGGCGGCGCGGCGCAUGCGCACUCCUGGGAGCGCCGCUGAAGGAUGGGGUUCUAGCUUUUUUUAGGCCUUGGAUUUCCCACAAGAAUGGGGGGAAUUGAAAAUGAUAAACAUUAUUUUAUUGUGAUAAAAGAUUUCACAAGUGGAAAAAGGAUCCAGAAAGGAUUAUUGGGAUAUUACAUCCACAGAAGAACUGGGGAAACAUCUGUCAUUGUGGAACGUUGCAGACAAACAGUAAAGUGGCAGCAAGCAAAUUUAAAAGAAAUCAGCAAAGAUGAAGCAGAGUUGCUCAUUGAGAUCCACGAUGUCUCUCGCCGAUAUGAGCUCAUUCAGAAUGAAUGCCUCUUCAAGUCCAUUUCUAAAAUACAAAUUAAUGACGUUGUUCAACUGAGAAAGAACAGCAAGUCGGUAGGAAUUGUUAAGAAUAUUGAAAAUUCCAGAACAAAAAAUGAAUUGGAAUUAUGCGGAACGUUGUUUCAAGUAAACUUGAUGGAAGACCAUAAAACGAGGUGGAAGAAAGCUGACCAAUGCAUCAAUGUUAAUGCAGGAGAAAUCAUUCAUGUCAGUAAUGCUGAAGUAGAACCAUUUGCAGAAGCAAACAAUGGAAGCACAUGCCCAUUUGGAGUUCCAUCCCAACAUAUCAGUACGUCUCUGCAAAGAAUGGGAAAGGAGAAAUCAAAUGAAGUUUCAACAUCAUUUGUCUCCUCUAUUUCUAUUCCGGACCGUGGAAAGAACUCUUCUAUGCACACUUCCAAAGCUCUUACUCCAACCAACCCUCAUCCUUUUGAGGCAUGUGAGAAUCCUGCUCUGGAGGUUGGGUCGAUGGUGGAAGUGCGAUUACCUAAUAAUGCUGUUGUCUAUGGAGUUAUUAGAUGGAUUGGUACUCCAGAAGGGAACAGACAUCAGUUGGCAGGGAUUGAAUUGUUACUGGAAAUUUAUCUGAACUUGAGAUUGCAAGCCAACACAUGGUUCUGCCUUGGAUCCGGAUUAUUAAAUAAAUAUUCAAGACGCCAAGGGUUAACCAACAAAUACUUUGAUCCUAGGACUGGGUUUGUGAAUGCAGAGAAGGUGAUGAAAUUGAGGAAGCUAUUAGGAUGUGACACGUUUAUUUCAGCAGAGAAGGAUCCAGAAGAAUUUAUCAAUGUCCUGUUGCAUGAGGUUCUGGCAGUUGAUCCUCUGCUAAAGAUCAGGUCAGGCGAGAAAAUUCAGGAGAGCAACUGUUACCAGAUAAUCCUGGAGAAAGAUGACAAAGUGAAAGUGCCGACGGUACAGUUUCUCCUCGAGAGGUCCUUCCUCUCCUGUGACCUGAAAUUUGAGGAGAUCCCGUCAUGCCUAUUGGUGCAGAUGCCAAGGUUUGGAAAACAGUUUAAAAUGUUCACGGAAAUCAUGCCCUCGCUAGAACUAGACAUUACAGAUUUACUCAAUAACACUCUGAGGCAGUGCUUCAUUUGUGGAGUGGUAGCAGAAUACGAAUGUGCUCAGUGCCUUCUGGAUCCAAUGCUUAGUCCGGGUGCUAUAAAACAGUACUGCAACACUUGCAACAACCAGGUUCAUUCCCACAAGAAGAGGAAGGACCACCAAUUCAGAAAAUUUCCUUCUCCGAACAAUGUGUCCAUUAAAGCCCCUUUUCCACGACACAAGAUGGAAUUGUUUGCUGUACUUUGUAUUGAAACCAGCCACUAUGUUUCCUUUGUGAAAUAUGGAUCCGGCAAAUAUUCAUGGGUAUUCUUUGACAGCAUGGCUGAUCGAAUUGAUGACGAGAAUAUUCCAGAGAUUACAGCUUGUCCACAAAUAGGUGAUUACCUGCUGAUGUCAGAGGAAAAGCUGGCUUAUACCAACCUGAAGCAGCUCGAUGGAUUUGCCAAAAGACUUUUCUGUGAUGCCUACAUGUGCAUGUAUUGGAGCCCGAGGAUGUGUCUGUAUAAGUGACUCAUGAGAUCAAAAGGCUGAGUGAUGCUGUGCCAGGUAAUAAGCAAAUGGAAAUGGCCUUUGUUACACUGAAGGACCAGUCCAACAGCAAUGCAACGAAAGUUAUCAAUUGCUCCGGUAUUUUAUCAAACAAUCUAGUGGGCAUUGUAAAAUACUGUGAACGAGGCCAUUUGUCUGGAUUUUACAAUGAAACCACAUUUUAAAUGAAGGUUCAGCUGCAAUUUUAACAGAAUUGGAGAAUUACUAAGAAAAUAAAUGUGAAACAUGGAACUAGAUUUUGCGAGGAGGUGGAUGAUCUAAUCCUGCUUUGGUUUAAAGCAGAUGAAAGAAAUUGCUGAUCAUCUGGUCCCAACCAAUAUGAAGAACUUGGAUCUCCAUUCAGAGAACUGCAUAAGUUUAUAUAAUCAGCAUGCAAAUACUGUUUGAAUAUAUUACAUUAGAACAGCAGUAUCAGUUGCUGUGCAGAUAUUACAAAUGCACUGACACCUCUGCUUGCUUGGUAUUAUUGACACUGCCAGAAUAAUCAACAGUGCAGAAAAUAAUUAAGUUUGAUUUGAAUUUUUAUGAAAUCUUUAACAAAUGAUUUGAUCUCUUUCCAACUAAUUGUGGUGACUCAAUCCACAGACCACAGUGCAUUCUUAGCCUUUUACUGUAAAAUCCUGUGUAAAAGCCACUGAUGUCCAAGACAACAUGGUGGACCAAACGUAUCUCCAGCUAAUGCAGCAACUACAGUUUGAGAAAGCUUUGUGAUCUACACAGUGGCGUACAAGUUGUUCUCCCUCCUUGGACUCUCCUGAAAAAUUUGUAGAAAAGAACUUGCACACGAAAUUUUACAUCAACCGUUCGAGCUACAUAUGUUCGAUGAGUUCUUAUCCGCUGAAGUAUAUUUCACAAUGUACAGACUGAUACACAUGAGACAGAGCUCAGUGUGUGCACUUUAUUCAAUGCUUCUUCACAGACGUUUUUCUGGAACUUUCUGUGCAUAUUGUGUACAAACUCCAGGCAGAUUAGAUGUCCUCUUGCAGUUGUGAUGCUUGCUCUGAAAUGUCUUUCCUCCACUUUUACUUCUAAGGAAAUUUGGAGUAUUUUGGGUUGUCAAGUGUGUCAUUGUUGUACAGAUUAGAGAAAAUACUGCAAGGUGAUGUCUGGUGAUGUUCAUUCGACCUGUUUCUUUAAUGCCUCUUUUACCAUGUGGACUGAUCUUUUUAUUCUCACAUCUGAGGUUGGGCAGUAAGACGUGCAAAAAGACUUUAUUUUGUUUUUCAUAAAUUGUUCAAACUGAAAUUAUCCAAACUGUCUGAAUAUUUCUAAAUUAUCUGAUAAGAAUUCUGGAAAACUGGGAAAGAUGGAUCUUAAAUCGUUUACUGGUUAUUCUGUAGUGGGCAUGACUGCACCUUUUACUUCUAAUCCCUUUGAAUAGCUGUGUAUUAAUAUGAAAACAUUGUUCACAUUCUUUUCACACACUAUAAUGAUCUAAUGGAAUGGGAUCUUGUUGGCUACUUCCAUACCUGAAUUGAUGCUUUCAGAGGCUGUGGUCUGCUAUUCUGUAUCUCUGCAGUCUUCUAAAUUUUUGUUUACACCAGGUCACCAACUUCAUAUUCAAUUGUUCUGCAUGAGUUCUUAAAUAAUCCUGCUUUGCAAUUUCCUUGGGGUUACUAUCCCUUGUCCCUAUUUUAAUGCAACCUUGAUUGGUAGACAAAUUGUAGUGUCUUCAGUGAAACAGCUUCAUGUCUUCAGUCCGUCCAUAUUUAAUCAGACAUUUAGCCUCAAAAUUGGGGUGCUUGUGCAGCUACAACUUUUUCCAUUACUGUUACAGGGACACUGUCUUCCACUACCUGUAGGGUAAAAACUUUUCUCUGUUCAACCUGAAACAUUAACUGUUUCUCUGUUUUGGCUUUUUUUGUAAAGUAGAAUCCUUCACAAAGGAUCUAUUGCGUCAUUUUGGAUGCUCUGUAUGCAACGUCAUUGUCAUACUGAGAUAGGAGGAUGAUAUUGGAGUAGUAGACAUUGGCCCCAAAAUGACCAACAAAGGCUUGAGGUCCUAAUGACUCAGAAUGAUCUUCCCGGCAAGAAUUGAAACCUUGCAACUUGAAAUAAAUUU